UCUUGUCGAUUUUCCGUCGAUUUUCGGGAAAUGGGCAUCUCACAAUGGUUGCUAGCUUUUAUUCGGCCCGUUGGUUGAUUAAUUUGCUUUAUAAAACUUUCAUCGUGUCGUCAUUGUGCUUUCUGGUUUUUGUUAGGCCAUGAUAAAAUCUAAGGAAAUCAAGAACGAACAACACGAUUUGGGAUAGGAACCGCCGUUGUCGUAUCCCUAGAAAAUGGUCGUAAACACCGACUCACCUGCCAAUCUGGUUUGGAUUGAGAUUUUUAUCGGGUAUCAGGGAACCAUGUGAUUAUAAAUUAGACUUGAUCAAAACGGGCCAAAACUUGAAAUUCAGCAUUUUUGACCGACUCAUGCCAAAUUCUAAUUAUUCUUUACUUUUAAACUUUCUAUUUGAAAAUAAAAAAUAGUGAAAGAAAAGAGAUGACUGCAAUUCGUCAUUUGCACAUCACUUAUUCGGGAAUAAAACCAUAAAAAUUCAAAAGGAACUGAAAAUGUUUAGGAUCGUUUUAAUGUUUAAAAUAGCCAAAUAGAUUGUUAUGUUUAGUUUUUUACUAACAAAUAUCAAACGAUUCCCUAUAAAAUACACUAUAAUUUGAUCAUUAUGAUAUCAAAUAAUUAUAUAAUAUAUAUUUGAAAUGAUAAUAAUUGGACUAAUUGGGUUGGUUGAGGUUGAACCAUUGAAUAACUUUAAAAUACAUUAUAUUUUAGCCACUAAGAUAUAAAAUAAUAGCAUAAUAUAUAUUAUGCUAGAGAAAAUAGCUUGUUUUAGAAUGACAAACCAAUGAUGUUCAUUUGUUUUACUUGAUGGCCAAAUCCCGUGUAGAUCAGGCUCAUUCAACUCUUUUAUUUUAUGGUUAGCGGUUAGCCCAUUAGAUACCAUGCAUUAGUUUAUUGUUAAUUUUUUUAUUUUUAGCAAUAAAAAGGAGUAUUGUUUUUGUCUUUUCAUAUAUAUUUUUAUCACCACGGAGAAAUAAAAGGGCUUAAAGAAAAAAAUUGACACUCUUUGACCCGUUUAAAUCCGCAUGUGUACGGUAAGUUGGCCCGUUCCACAGAGAAAGAGAAAAAAAUUGACACUCCCUAUUCUACCCUUCCUACAAACGCUCCUGGAGCAAGGAAUUUGAAAUGGGGGAAGAGUUUUUUCCUCCCUGCUAUUAUAUGUUUUUUAUUUAAAAAGAUACAACAAACGUACUUAGUGUGAUUGGUUAUGAUCAUUGCUUUUCUUUAAAAUGGACAUGGUUCGAAUCCCAAUAAGUGUUUUUUUAAUGAAUAAAAAAAAGUAAUUGUGAAGACUAAAAUGUCCUUCCUACUUUCACUCUCGUUGCAGGAAAUUUGAAAUGGGGCUCCCGAUUUUUCCUUCGGUGUAAUAUAUUAUGUGUAGAUGGUUCAAAGCCAUUCCUUGAUUCGCUAGGGUUUAAGCAAAUUGAGGGUUUAAGCCUUUAAGGCUUUAAGCACAUUUCAAUUUUCAACAUUGUCCUUCCUCGCAGCUAAUUCUCGCCUGUUUGGGGAGCUAUAAGCCUAAAACCCUCCCACUCCCUCUCUGCUCUUCCACAAUCCCGCACCAGGGAUUCCAGCGAAAGAAUGUAUCUUUAUCGUCUCCUCCGUCGACCCUCUUCCUCUUACACCUUCCCCGCCGCCGUAGCACAACCUUUGAUCCGAGCACUACACCACCUCAGCUCCCCGCCCGCCAUUUCUCAGCCACUGAGCACACCCGCUGCUCAACAUUCAAUCCCUUCAUCACGACGGACCUUCGCGUUCUCCUCCGCGGAAGAAGCAGCAGCCGAACGCCGGCGGCGGAAGCGCCGCCUCCGUAUCGAACCUCCUCUUCACGCUCUUCAGCGGAACCCUAACCCUCCCCCUCGGGACCCGAACGCGCCCCGCCUACCGGAUACCACCUCCGCUCUGGUCGGCCCUCGGCUCAGCCUGCACAACAAGGUUCAGUCACUUAUUCGAGCUUUCGAUCUUGAUGCUGCUUCCUACCUCGCUCGCACCUCCAUUUUCUCCAGAACUCGCCCCACCGUCUUCACCUGUAAUGCCAUUAUAGCUGCUAUGUACCGGUCCAAACGGUAUGAUGAUGCUAUUGCAUUGUUUAAAUACUUCUACGAGCAAAAUGAUGUAGUGCCUAAUGUUGUUUCGUAUAAUAAUUUGAUCAACGCCUACUGUGAUCAAGGGAGAGUUGAUACAGGGCUUGAGGUUUACAGGCAUAUAAUUGAAAAUGCACCAUUUAGUCCUUCCCCGGUGACUUAUAGGCAUUUGACAAAAGGUUUGAUCGAUGUGGGGAGAAUUGAGGAAGCGGUUGACAUGUUGAGAGAGAUGUUGACGAGGGGUCAUGGAGCCGACUCGUUGGUGUUUAAUAACGUGAUUAAGGGGUUCUUGGAGCUGGGUAAUUUGGACAAGGCAAAUGAGUUCUUCGAUGAGUUGAAGCAGAGGUGCUUGGUGUAUGAUGGGGUGGUUAGUGCCACUUUUAUGGAUUGGUGGUUUAAGCAGGGAAAUGACAGUGAGGCCAUGGAGAGUUACAGGUCAUUGAAGUUGAAAAAAUUUAGAAUGGUGCCUGCUACAUGUAACGUGCUUCUUGAGGUUUUGCUUCGGUAUGGCAAAAAGGAGGCAGCUUUGGAGUUGUUUGAGGAAAUGUUAGACAAUCAUACACCACCAACAUUCCAAGCCGUGGAUGCCGAGACUUUUAAUUUAAUGGUGAAUGAGUGUUUUAAAGAAGGCAAAUUUGCUGAGGCAGUUGAUACCUUCACGAAGGCUGGUACAAAUCCCAAAUCAAGGCCUUUUACGAUGACUGUGCCUGGUUUCAACAACAUUAUUAUGAGAUUCGCGGAGAACGGGAUGAUGACGGAAGCUGAGCAAUAUUUUACAACAUUGAUGUCCAGGUCCUUGGCCCCAGAUGUCACGAGUUUCAAGAUAUUGAUUGAGGCAUAUCUGAAGCUGGAACGGUUUGACGAUGCCCUUAGGAUCUUUGAUAGAAUGGUUGAAUCAGGCUUAUGGGUGGUUGCUGGUUUUGGUACAAGAGUUUUUAGCGAGCUUAUUAAAAAUGGUAAAGCAGUGGAAUCUACAAAGAUUAUGAUAAAUUUGGGGAUGAAGACGGCCGAGAGAAUGGCAGACAGAGAUAUAAAACCCGACCAUAUGGUUUAUGAUGCAGUGGUUAGGGGACUUUGUGAUGCUGGAGAAUUAGAUGGCAGCAGAGAUGUUCUGGACCAAAUGAUGGCAUUUGGUGUUGGUUUGCAUCCUUCCUUGAAGGAAUUUGCACUGAAGGCAUUUGAAGAUGCUGGACGUGGUGAAGAAAUUAAGAAACUUCUGGAUGAAAAUCAAUACAGGAAUACCUCAAGACCUCCUCCUUUCAUGGCUAAGCAACUUCAAUCACCAUUUGGAGCUUCUCAAUUUGCGAGCGAACAACAAUCCUUGGAGCCAUCUUCAGUAGGUGGACAGUCAAUAUUAGGUCAGCCGCGAUACCAGCAAGGAGGAUUCCCAGCACCAUCAUCAAGUUAUAAUAGCCCAGGGCAGCCAGUGUCUGGUUCUUUCGGAACCACUGGACAACAAACUUCAUAUGCUUCUCAGCCACCAUCAUCAGUAUCAUCAAUGGGAGGACAAAUAGUAAGUCCCCAUGGUACGACAGGUCAGCAACCUUCAGUAUCUAAUGCAUCAGAACAGCCUUUGUGGUCUAGUGGAGUAGAAGGACAACAGUCAUCCUGGUCACCUCAUGUACAAAGGCAACAGUCAUCAUCAUGGUCCUUGCCAGGGCAGGGGCAGGGGCAGCCACCAGCAUGGUCAUCUCCCACACAAGUUCAGCAAACAUCUUGGUCAGCUACAACACAAGGACAACAGCCAUCAUCAUGGUCCUUGCCAGGGCAGGGGCAGCCACCAUCAAGGUCAUCUCCCACGCAAGUUCAGCAAACAUUUUGGUCAGCUACAGCACAAGGGCAGGGGCAGCCACCAGCAUGGUCAUCUCCCACACAAGUUCAGCAAAAAUCUUGGUCAGCUACAGCACAAGGACAACAGCCGUCAUCACGGUCCUUGCCAGGGCAGGAGCAGCCACCAUCGUGGUCAUCUCCCACACAAGUUCAGCAAACAUCUUGGUCAGCUACAGCGCAAGGGCAGGGUCAGCCACCAUCAUGGUCAUCUCCCACACAAGUUCAGCAAAAAUCUUGGUCAGCUACAGCACAAGGACAACAGCCAUUAUCACGGUCCUUGCCAGGGCAGGGGCAGCCUCCAUCCUGGUCAUCUCCCACACAAGUUCAGCAAACAUCUUGGUCAGCUACAACACAAGGGCAACAGCCAUCAUCAUGGUCCUCGCCAGGGCAAGGGCAGGGGCAGCCAGCAUCAUGGUCGACUCCAGCACAAGGGCAGCUGUCAUCCAGUCCUCCGGUGCAAGGACAACAUCUGUCAUGGUCAUCUUCGAUUGAAGGGUUGAAAUCAUCUUCUCAGACGUCUCAUACUGGAGGGCCAUCAUCAUAUUGGUCCUCUCCAGAUGCAGGGCAGCAGCAGCAAUCAUCAUGGUCCUCUCCAAGACAACAGUCAUCGAGCACACCAGAUACAGCCAUUACUUAUGAAUAUGCUUCUUCACAGUCUGCUAGGAGAAAUUCUGAAUAUGGAUCUUCUUUCAACUCGUCACCUGCAGCAGGCAACCAUCAUCCUCAUGGACACUCUCACUUAUCAGGACAGGACCGAUGGCAAGACAACCAACAACGGUUUGAUCCAAUGGCGAGACAGCAGCAAAAUGGGUUCCCAGAGACUGCUAGGCGCUAUCCGCAACCACCUCAAUGGCAAGCCAGCCACCAAACCACUGGACAGCCUCGCCCGGCAGGACGAGACCAAUGGCAAGAUAAUCAACAAUUUAAUCCAACGACGGAGCAACAACAGAGUGGACCCCCGGAGGUUUCAGAGAAUGGCCAUUCGCAGCCAGCAGCUCCAUGGCAAGACUACAACCAGCGUGCCACAGCUUGAUUCUUCGGUACAAUUGACCUUUCUAUGAUCACAGUACACACUAUUGACUCAAGUUUUGGCUUCUGAGUAUGUCCCUGGAAGGUCCCCGGUCAUUGCCAACACUAAGAGAUGUACUCCCUUGACCGCUCGCUGAAACUGCAAUAUGAUUUAUUGCAAUGUCUUACAGGAUAUGGAUGAACUGCUGUUGCUAUUGAGAGACUGACCAUAUAAUGUAUAUUGAGAACGACUCAAUUCUUGGCAAAUUUUGAUUUGCAAACUCUUGGUUGGUGGAUCAUAUUAUCAUAAUAGGUUAUUGUGUAUCAGAUUUUCAUUUUUUGGGUCCUUUGUCUGCUCUUCUCUAGGGAAUAGGAUAAUAAGAGAAGUGAACUCUUGUGCUUGGUCACAAUCCACGUUGACCAUCAAGCCAUAAUCAAGCGCACUUCAUGUCUUCAAAGUCCAACCAUAUGGGUAUUGUGAUAUUUACUUUCAACCUGCACCUUAGUAACUAUAUACUAACUUGCCUAUCGACAUCAUAUAUCUUAUCUGCAAAAUAUGCAGCCAUGUUGUAUAGUCGCCAAAGCUUAUGAAUACUUCAUUAACAUGUACUCAAUGAUAGGAGAAUGGCCAUGAACUCAUCAACAUGAACAUGAUGGUGCGGUUUCGCUCAUUAGAGUGUUAACAUAUCAUUCUUCAGUCCUGUGUUGUAUGUACCGAAAUGAGGAUCGGUUUAUUCAAUUUCUACCCUCAAUGCUUGUACAUCAUUUUACGGUUGACAACAACACCAACUAAUCUCUUUUAAUUGCACUAAGCGAUACAUGACUUGUCACAAAGUGAGCUCUAUUCUAUUCUCAUGGUGAUUAGGGCUGCAAAUGAGCCGAGCUGAGUCGAGUUUUACCCCAACUUGAGCUUGACUCGUUAACAAAUGAGCCGAGCUCGAGCCCGAGCCAUUUAUUAACGAGCCGAGUCGAGUUCGAGCUAGGCUUGUUUUCUAAAUUCUUAGAUCGUAUUUGAUACAUUCAUUUUGUAUGUCAUGUAUGGUACAUGUGAUUGAUGUAGCGAUAAAAAAAUAAUCAAAUGUUCAACAUUAAUUAAUCUUAUAUUAUAAUUUUUUGGUAUCGUAUUGUUUAGUUAAUAAAAUUUUAACUAGUUCAAAUCAUGUUAUUUCAUAGUAUCGAAACAAUUUUGUACAUAAUUUCUUUAUAGAAUUAAAAAUAAGCCAUAUUUUCUUACAUGUUCAACAUGUUAAACUUCACAUGAUGUGAGAUAUAUAAUUUAACAAUCCUAUGAAUUAUGAAAGUCCAAAUUAGAUCGAUUAGUCCAUAAGUCGGUGAUCAAGUUGACCCUCAAACCACAAUGGUGAGACAUCCCAUGAGCUCUAAAUGAGCCAACUCACGAGUUGAGCUCAACAAGCCACCGAGUCGAGCUAGCUCGCGAGCUUCACGAGCUGAACAAAGCUAAGCUCAAACUUGGCUCAUCAGUAAACGAAUCGAGUUUCGAACGAGUUUUUCCCGAUUCGAGCCUCGAGUUGCUCGCGAGUACCUUGGCUCAUUUACAGCCCUAAUGGUGAUCGAAUAAUUAGAGAAAAUUACUUCAUUUGCAAUAUGGGCCCGAUCUGAAUAUUUUAUUGUGGCUGGACAACCAAGAACCGUUAUUCAGUAUCGGCCCAUUAAGUAGACCAACACUAAGGUUUGGGUCCUUGAAAGUUGAAACGGGAAUAAAUGGAAGAGUCCAGA